CGCGCAGUGUUCAUAAAAACAAAAUAGUAUACAAAAUUUCCGCCUAUAUUCCAUACCUGUUUACUUCCUCCACUACAUUUCACCAGCCUAGAAGCACAGUGCUCCUGGUUGAUGUCGGGUGAAUUUUACAGGCGGUUCUAUAGACUGAAAUGAGAUUACAGGCUCUAACAGUAGUAACAUGUAAACAUUAUACUUUUUAAUAUAGCAUAUAACAUAUAUUCUUCCAAUUAUGAUAUUUCUGAUUUACGGGUCGCUUUAUUGAACAUCUUAUUAUUUUUUAUGUACUUUAAUAAUUGAACUGUUAAUUGACUGAAAUAUGAAAGUGUUUCGUGUUGUUACUAACUUCGUUUAAGUCUCUCAAUUUAAAUUACAUUUUUGUUUUCCUAAUAUUUUGUAAAAUGUUUUUGAAUUAUAUUUAUACUCAUUUUGAAGAAUUGGCAAUUCUAUAAUGUUUUUAAUGAUUUGGAUAAUCUAACUACAAAAUUAUGUUAGAAUAAUGCCACAAAGAGAUUCAUCUGAGAUAGAACAUGAAACUGAAACAAGUGAAGAUUUUAUGGAAAAAGUUCGAGAAUCUAAUGCAGCUUGUGAAUCCGGUGAUUAUGAUCGUGCUAUUCAACUUUAUACAGAAGCUUUAUGUCAUUAUCCCAAUAAUCAUAUAUUAUAUUCCAAUCGUUCUGCAGCAUUACUCAAAACUGGAAGAUUUAAUGAAGCUUUACAUGAUGCUACAUGUGCUCGGAAAUUGAACCCUACUUGGCCUAAAGCUCAUUACCGAGAAGGCGUUGCUUUACAAUGCUUAGGAAGACAUGGAGAUGCUUUAGCAGUUUUUAGCACAGGAUUAUCAAUUGAUACAAACUCUACUCAACUUUUGGGAGGUCUAAUUGAAGCUUCCAUUAAAUCUCCCUUAAAAGAUGUUUUAGAACCAACUUUUGAACAACUUCGAAACAUUAAUCAAAAUGGAAUGACUUUAGAUAGAUCUCCAUUUCUUGUUAUGUCUGUGAUAGGUCAAGAAUUAUUAGCAGUUGGCCAAUACUCGGUAGCUGUUGUUGUUUUAGAAUCUGCCUUAAGAAUUGGUACAAAUAGUGCAAAAUUAAGAGGAUCAGUGUUUUCUGCUUUAUCUUCAGCUUAUUGGGCAUUAAAUUCUUUGGAUAAAGCAAUUGGGUACAUGCAGCAAGACUUAAUAAUUGCUAAAUCUUUAAAAGAUAUUGCAGGAGAAAGUCGAGCACAUGGUAAUUUAGGGUCAGCUUAUUUUAGCAAAGGCAGUUAUAAAGAAGCUUUGACUGCACAUAGGUAUCAGUUAGUAUUUGCAAUGAAAGCAAGAGAGAUGAAAACUGCUGCAUCUGCACUUACUAGUUUAGGUCAUGUAUAUACAGCUAUUGGUGAUUAUCCUAAUGCAUUAGCAUCACACAAACAAUGUGUGCAAUUGGUUAAACAAAUUGGAGAUGUUCUUCAAGAAGCUAGAGAAAUUGGAAAUGUUGGUGCUGUUUAUUUAGCUAUGGGAGAAUUUGAAAGUGCACUAGAUUGUCAUAUGCAACAUUUGAAGUUGUCAAAAAAGCUUGGAAAUAAAGUAGAAGAAGCUCGUGCUAAUAGCAAUUUAGGCUCAUCCUAUCAUUAUCGGAGAAAUUUUUCACUAGCUAUUUCAUAUCAUGAAAAUGUUUUAAGACUCGCACAGGAAUUAGGAGAUAAAAUAAUUGAAGCAAGAGCAUAUGCAGGACUUGGUCAUGCUGCCAGAUGUGCUGGUAAUUAUACCCAAGCAAAACAUUGGCAUGAAAGACAGUUAGACAUGGCUUUAAAUACACAUGACAAAAUUGGAGAAGGAAGAGCAUGCUCUAAUUUAGGUAUUGUAUAUCAACUACUUGGGGCACAUGAAUCUGCAUUAAAACUUCAUCAUGCUCAUUUAAAUAUUGCUAAAACAUUACAUGAUCGUGCUGCUAUGGGUAGAGCUUUUGGAAAUAUUGGAAAUGCCUACAGUGCCAUGGGUUAUUAUAAACAGGCAAUAGAGUAUCACAAGCAAGAAUUAAUUAUCUCUAAAGAAGUUAAAGAUAGAAGUGCUGAAGCUUCUACUCAUGGAAAUUUAGCUGUUGCCUAUCAAUCUCUUGGAGCAUUUGACAUGGCUGUUUUACAUUAUAAAGCUCACUUAAAUAUAGCUAGAGAUUUAAAAGAUACUGCUGGAGAAGCAUGUGCCUUACUAAAUUUAGCAAAUUGUUUAAGCACUAGAAAUGAUUUUGUUCAAGCUAUUCCUUAUUAUGAAAAUUAUUUAAUGUUAUCUCAAGAAUUACACGACAUUGAAGGUGAAGCAAAAGCUUGUCAUUUUUUGGGAUAUGCUCAUUAUUGUUUGGGUAAUUAUCGUGAAGCUAUACGUUAUUAUGAUCAAGAUUUAUCAUUAGCAAAAGAUUUGUAUGAUAAAAUUAAUAUGGCCAGAGCAUAUUGUAACUUAGGAUUAGCUCAUUUAGCACUAGGAAAUUUAGAAAUUUCAUUAGAUUGUCAAAAAUGCUUUUUAGCUAUAUCUCACACAACCAAAAAUGUCCAAUCAAAAUUACGAGCGUUAGGUAAUAUUGGAGAUAUUCUAAUUAAAAUUAACAAUUCAGAUGAAGCUUUAAAAAUGUAUCAUAGUCAAUUAACAUUAGCCAGACAAAUAAAAAAUUUAAAUAUUGAAGCAGCUGCUUGUAGUUCACUAGGACUAGCUUACAGGCACAUUAAGUGCUAUGAAAAAGCUCUUUCCUACCAUUGUCAAGAAUUAGCUUUAAGAGAAGAAAUUGGUGAUUUGAAAGGAGAGUGUUGUGCACAUGGUCAUCUUGGUGCUGUUUAUAUGUCCCUUAGAAAUUAUACAAAUGCUAUAAAAUGUUACCAAUUACAACUUGAAAGAUCAAAAGAAUUAAGAGAUAAUACUAUUGAAGCUGAAGUCUAUGGAAACCUUGGUAUAGCUAGAAUGAAUAUUGGAUUGUAUGAAGAAGCCAUUGGUUAUUUUGAACAACAGCUAGCUACUUUAGAACAACUGUCAAAUCUCUCAUCUUCAACAGAUAAAGGCCGAGCAUUCGGCAAUCUAGGAGAUUGUUAUCAUGCAUUAGGAGACUUUGAUGAAGCUGUCAAAUAUCAUGAACAAUUUUUGACUAUAGCGGUACAACUUCAAAAUGUUAGAGAUUUAGAGAAAGCAUAUAUUCGUCUUGGUCAGUCAUAUCGUCAAAUUGGGUACCUUGAUCAAAGUUUAGUUUGUUUUGAAAAAAUAUUAGUUAUUGCUAAUGAACUUAAUAACCUAGAAAUGAAAGCAAUAUCAUACGGUGAAUUAGGAUCAAAUAAUAUAUUAAUGGGAAAUCAUCAACAAGCAGUAUCUUGUUUACAAAAUCAAAUAGCAAUUGCACGAGAACUAAACAAUAGAAAUCUUGAAGCAAAUGCUGCUUCAUCCCUUGGUUAUGCUCAUCAAUUGAUGGGUCAAACUAGUGUUGCCUUACACUAUUAUAAACUAGACUUGGAAAUUGGAAAAGAAUUAAGCGAACCAUUAUUACAAUGUAGAGCAUAUGGAAAUAUUGGAAAUGUAGAAGAAAUUUUAGGUAACUUCAAUGAAGCUAUUAAAUAUCAAGAAGAACACUUAUCUAUUGCUAGUCAGAUUGACGAUAAACUUGCAAAAGCUACAGCAUUUAGUAGUUUAGGUUCAUUACACCAUGUAUUGGGACAUAUAAGUCAAGCAGUUAUUUACCUAAAUCAAGCACUUCAAAGUUUAGACAUGAGUAGUAAACCAGAUAAAGAAGGGCAUAUAAGGUUUAAACUUGGUAUGACCCUUUUAGCAGAUGGUCAAACUGAUGCAGCUAGAGGGCACUUAGAACAAGCGUUUGAUUUAUUAGAUAAUGCUCUUAAUAUGGGUACUUACGAAAAUCAUCAGUCUAUUGUUGGUUUAAGACAUGAAUGUUACCAAGCUCUUUUGAUGGUACUAAUUCAACUAAAUAGGUAUGAAGAAGGACUCUUAAUAUCUGAAAAAUAUAAAAUAAGAGAUAAAUUUUUACUUCAUGGAAAAAUUAAACCAACUUCAGAAUCAAUGAAAAUAAAUUCAAUUGAUAAUCUAUUUGAUAUUGUUAAUAAACAAAAAGCUUCAGUCCUAUAUUUUAGCUUGGCAUCGGAUUGUUUAUAUACUUGGCUCCUUGUACCAAAUAAAGGUGUUGCAAAGUUUAAUGAAACAUUAAUACAUACUAAUGUUAAAAAUGAAAAUUUAUUAACUCAGUAUUUAAAAGAAUUAAAGAACACAAUAAAUGUACUACAGCCAAUAAAAAUUGAUACAGAAUCAAAUGAAUCUCCAAAUUUAGAUGAAUUGGAAGAUAGAUUUAUAAAAGAAAAUGAAAACAGUUACCUUAGAAUGGUCAACAGGAAUCAUUUGUAUAAUACUAGUAAUUAUAGCUUAAGUAGUUUAUUCAGUGUUGGAAGUGUUGGAGGGAGCACUGUUGGAUCUGCUAGUAGAUCAGGUAGUAUUAGAGCCAAAAAAAUGAAAUCAUGGAUGGUCCCUGAUAGUUUAAACAAGCUUUAUGAUUUGUUAAUAGCACCAUUUGAGGAUUAUUUAUUUGUACCCUGUGAUUGUUUUGGCAGAAGAGAACUUCUGUUAGUUCUGGAGGAUGAUUUAUUACUAGUACCAUUUUCAAUGUUACAUCCUAAAAGAGAUAUUGACCAAAUAAAUGUUGAAUACCUAUCUGAAAAAUUUUCUUUACUUGUUACAUCAUCAUUAAUGAAAUUAAAAGAAAACCAAAGAGUCCAUAAAAAGGCAAUUAUUAAUGAAUCAUAUAAUAUUACUUCACUUGUUGUUGGAAAUCCACAACUUCCAGAGAACCUUUGUGAUCAUCUUAAUAUUAGUGAAUUACACCAUACAGAACAAGAAGCAACAAUGGUUGCUGAAAUGUUACAGACUAAACCAUUCAUUAAAAAACAGGCAAAUAAAAGUAAUAUUUUAGAACAACUGGUUAAAGCAGAAUGCAUUCAUUUAGCAACUCACAUAUUUUGGGAUCUAUCUGCCAUUAUUUUGUCUCCAGAUGAAAAUGAUAAUAUUGUGGAGGCAGAAAUAAAUUUGUCAGACAUAUUAUUAACUGCAGAAGAUAUUUCAUCCUUAAAGUUGAAUGCAAGACUAAUAGUACUUAGUUGGUCACAUUCAUAUGAUGGUUGGGCUACUUCUAAAGGUCUUCAUGAUCUGACUAACAGUUUACUGAUGGCUGGAGCUCAUUGUAUACUAAUAUCUUUAUGGCCAGUUCCAAGUACAGCAGCCAAAAUUUUACUACGAGCAUUUUAUUCAGCUUUGUUUCAAGGCUCAAGAGUAUGUAGAGCUUUAAGCGAUGCAAUGCAGACGCUUCAACAUACAAAGCAUUUUUCACAUCCAUCCAAUUGGGCAGGAUAUAUUUUAAUUGGUUCUGACAUCCGUUUAUCAAACAAAGUAGCUUUGAUGGGUCAAGCAUUAUGUGAAAUAUUAAAAAGUCCUGAUAAAUGUCGGGAUGCUCUUAGAGUUACACUUCACUUGGUUGAAAAAUCAUUACAGCGCAUACACAGAGGACAAAAAAAUGCUAUGUAUACUACUCAAAAAAGUAUAGAAAAUAAGGUUGGUGAUGUUACGGGAUGGAAAGAGCUUUUACAGUCUGUUGGAUUUCGUUUUGAACCUGCUGCUAAUGGCAUUCCGUCUUCUGUAUUUUUCCCUCAAAGUGAUCCUGAAAAUAGGUUAACUCAAUGUAGUUCUAGCUUACAGGCACUUCUUGGACUUAAUACUGUCACAUUUAAUGCAAUGUCAAAAUUAAUAUCAACACCUGAAUUAAUUGAUGAUUUAAUUACUAUAAUACGAAAUAUUAUUGAACAGUUGAGUAAUAAAUUUAAUGUUGAAAGUGAAAAAGUCUUUGAUAUACCAGUAAAUGGAAAAUUAUGGAAAAUUUCUGGAUGUUAUGAAUUUUUAUCAUCAUUAAGUUUGGAUUUAGUUGAAGUUAAUUUAGAUGAAGUGAUAUUACGAACUGGAAAACAAAUUAAUAAACGUUAUAUCCAAUUUGUUCAUCAAGCUUUGUUAGCUUUAUUUGAUACUCAAGAAGUGCCAAAAAGUCUAUCAAUUUGUUCUUCAAGUUCUCUUGAAAGUAUAGUUACUAUUGAAGAUGAUCGACCUAAAGAUUUAUCAGUUAUGACUAGACCUAUUUCUAGUUUUCUUAAUGGAUCAGGUGCAUUUACUAGUUAUGUUAGAAAAAGAGGCGAACCAGAUGGUAGAACUGCUUCAGAGGCUUCUGUGCAAAUUUCUCAGACUGCUUGUGGAAAUUUGCUUGUGCCAACAAUUAUAAAUCGGAGAUCAAGUGGAACUGCCGGAGGAGAAAGUGAUGCUGCAUUUACACCAUCACCUCCAGUUCCUGGAAUAAGUGAUACUCUUUGUACAGCACUAGCACAUCAAACAAAAAUUAGAAAUUUGUAUUCAACACCAAUUAGACCAGAUUCAUCAAGUUCAGCCAGUUCUAUAAAUGAUUGGGAAGGAAAUGGGCUUUCAACUAUUUUAAGAAGGGGUACAAAUUCCAUUCCUUAUGCUACUUUACCCGUUACUAAUAUUCAUAAUAAUGAUAGUGUUAUAGAAAACAAUUUAAAUCAAAAUAAUGACUCCAAGAUGUCUGUUUAUUUAACAAAAGUGUUAAAUAUUUCUGAUAAUGAAUCAGAUAUGCAAACACUAUUAAAUAUUAAAGAAAAUACCCCUCAAAACCUAGGUGAAACAUUACAGUUACGAAAAUUGAACCAUGAUUCCAAACCAACAAUAUCUGAUGUUUAUUAUGAACAAAAAAUUGGCCUAGGAUUAGCACCAUCAUUAUUAAAAAUAUUGUCCUUGGAUAAAAAUGUAGCAAAAGAAACUAAAUCCAAUUGGCUAUCUUCAUCUGUUUUGAAGAAAUUUGGUUCUAGUGAUGUACAAGAAUCUACAAUUUAUGGGGAACUUAAUAAAAGAGAUGAAGGUGAUGGAAGAUCAAUUGCUGAAUCUCAAUCUAGUACUGGAAGUUACCAAAAACGAAAUGAUAAAAAUAAGUUACAAAAUUUUGAAAGUCUGAUGGAAGAAGACAACUAUGUUAAAGAACCUAGUGUAAGAUUAAAAAAGAAAUUGUAUGCAUCACUUCCAUUACAGGAUUUAUCAUUAAAACCUGUUAGCGAUUCAUGACAAAUAUAUUUUUGAUACAAUUCUACUAUUAAUCAUGUUUAUUAAUCAUUAUUGUUAUUUAUAAGAAUGUUUUACAAUUAUUAAUAGUUAUUUUUUCUCAAAAGAAGUUUUUUUUUAAUUUGAAACUGAAAUUAUUUGUUAAGUUUGUUCAAAAAUGAAAUAAAAACUGAAAUUUCAACUA